CUGCCGUUCCUUGACGGCAGGGCGAAGGAAGGUCUCCGAUUUGCCGCCAAGACUGGAGCCGACUUCGUCGCGCUUUCCAACGUCACUAGGCCGGAAGAUAUCGACCAGGCGCGGGACCUGAUGUCGGAUUAUGGCAGCGACUCGUUCAUCAUCUCCAAGAUCGAGACCGAAGAGGCGGCGGUCACCAACUUCGACGGCAUCCUGGAAGUCAGCGAUGGCAUUAUGGUCGCCAGGGGCGACUUGGGAGUUGCGAUGGAUGCGGAGUGGGUGCCGAUAAUGCAGGAGGAGAUGAUUGAGAAGUGCAAUCUCGCCGGAAAGCCCGUGAUCACUGCGACUCAGAUGUUGGAGUCAUGA